AAUAUAUUAUUAAUAAGAUUAAUAAGCCUCCGUUUAUCUUUGCAAGUUAUGUUAUAGAACAUGAAAGGCAACUAGAAAUACUAUUACUGGUCAACAAUUUUCAUACCUUUCGAUAUAAAGCUGCGAGCGGAGCAGGGCAUUUCUUGUCUGUCCAUGUUUGACACGCUGGUCAAGAGAAACUCCUUGAAACACGUGAAGUAGUGGAAAUUCCACAUCUUCAGAGGACAGGUGUGAAGCACAACCCACUCCUCUCGACGAUUCGAUGAAGCGCACGGCGUCCGUGCAGUGACGUAUCCUAUUAUGCUGAUUUGGGCAUCAAGCGGAAACAACCAGUGCGCAUGCGGGAAGGAAACGACAUCAUAAACACGAGCCCUCGAAGGGAAUCGGGACGAAGAAGGGAAUAGCGCAGCGACACCGCCACCGCCUCCGUUCCUCUCGUCUACGCCUGCGCACUGUGCCUGCGCCUCGGACUGACACAGGAGACAGGGCGUCCGUCUGCACCGCCACAGCUCCGGCCGGAAACGAACCGGACCGAGACUGAGCGUCGACCUUCGGUCUCAACGGGUGGUCGGGAGCUGAGCAGCGACAGGCGGCCGGAGAGAGCCGCAGCGUCGGUCCGCCACUGAGUCAUUGUCCCGGAGCUCCUGCGAGGACGUCAGGACGAGGAGGUCCAGAUGUUGUUGGUCCGCUGAUGAUGGCCGACAGCAGGCAGAUGUGCGCGGAUGCGCUCUGUCCCCUCGAGGAAACAUGAUCGGAGGAGACAUCUAGAGGACAAGAACAUAACUGGAUUCACUGACGUCGUUCAGUUUGGAUGUGACGUGGACCAAGAGGACAACAUGAGCUGGACGUGUCUCCCCAUCGUCCUGGUCCUGGUCUGGUCCAGCCUCGGCGCUGGAGCGCGCUCAGACCGGAACAUGGUGUCGGAGGAGUUUGUCAGCGCCACGGUCAAUGCCACCGUCCUGGACAGCCGGGGCCACACGGUCCACCUCAUGAGCAAUGACGAAGGGACCUAUGGACAGAACUCGCCCAAAGUGGACGCCCGGGGAGUUGUCAUUGCACCGGCUCCGCACCACGGAGUGGUGGACCGUCAGGGCUGUGACCCCAACACUCGCUUCCACCCCCCACCUCGUGGUGUCCACUGGGUGGCGCUGAUGCAGAGAGGGAACUGCACAUUCAGAGAGAAGAUCCUGAAGGCUGCCACCUUCAACGCCACCGCUGUGCUUGUAUACAACAACUCCACCGACAAGACUGUGAAGAUGGGACACGAGGGGACGGGUGAUGUUGUGGCGGUGAUGAUAACUGAAGUCUACGGUAAAGAGAUCCUGGCCCAGUUGGACCGGAACCUGACCGUGCUGGUCAGCGUGUUGGUGGGUCAGCGUGGGCCGUCCAUUAACCGAGGCUCGCUGGUCUUCGUGUCCGUCUCCUUCAUUGUCCUCAUGAUCAUCUCCUCCGCCUGGCUCGUCUUCUACUUCAUCCAGAAGAUCCGUGACAGCAGUGCUCGUGAUCGCAGUCAGCGUCGACUUGGUGAUGCUGCCAAAAAGGCCAUCGGGAAGCUGACCACCCGGACGGUCAAGCGAGGAGACAAGGAGACUGAUGUGGACUUCAACCACUGCGCGGUGUGUAUUGAGUCCUACCAGCUCAACGAUGUGGUGCGGAUUCUUCCCUGCAAACACGUCUUCCACAAGGUGUGUGUGGACCCUUGGCUGAAUGAGCACUGCACCUGUCCCAUGUGUAAGCUCAACAUCCUGAAGGCCCUGGGCAUCAUGACGAGUCUUCCCUGCGUGGACACCAUGGUGUUGGAUGUGGAGCGCCUGGGCAGCAGCCAGGGCUCAGCCGGUCGGAGGGUUAGUGAGCGCAGCCAGCCCGCCAUCAGCCUGGAGCCACUCAGUCCCACUCUCCCCGAGACAAUGACCCGCACUCCAGCAGACAUCACCAUCGCAGUGACCAGUGGGAACUUCUUCAGCCGGACCUCCUCAUCCCCUCGCAGCGCAGUCAUUGAAGUGGAGCUGCCUGACAUCCGGAGCUCACUGGAGCACACUGAGGACAAGUCCUGAGGCGUGCGUGCCAGUGAGGGAGGUGUGGGGAAGGAGGGUCCCCCACGCGGACGCUCUGUGUUGAUUGUGGAGGUUCUGACUGGAUCCUUUGGUUCUCUUCCUGCUGAGUCAGACUCCAGAAACUGCACUGGCUCUAAGGGCUCUGCUCUUGCAGAUAAGGAGUUCUGAACUGGUGGCAGGACAUUUUCAUCAGACCUGUGACCCGAACUGAGCACGGUUCUCACGCAUACAUGCGCCUCAGUGGUCUGCACUUGCAGAAUGGCAGCCGGACUUUUGGGACUGCACUGCUGAAGAGAGCCAGAUGGAUGUGGACCUGUGUCUUGUUCCAACUGACCCAACUGCUCCACCUGACUGCCUCCUAGACCAGGUCACAUCAUGGACAUCCUGAGCUGCUGUACAGUUGUUCUCACCCGACGCAUGUUCCACUCCUAGUGACUGAAACGUUGAGUGAGCGGGUGCCAGGACGACAGCCUAUUCUGCUGCCGGGUCAGAGGAGCACCUGCUCCAGUAAUGUGUGCGCUGCUCUGCUCUUAUCUAAUCAAUAUACUAUCUGUGGUCAACAAUAUUAUCAACAACCUAGACACGUUUGUGUUCCCUCCUCAUUAAAAUGCUGCCUU